AUGGCGCACCCUUCUGGAAGUGGAGGCACGUCACUUGCUCCAACACCAACAUAUCCGCACCACAUGUCACGAGAGGCUAGCAAAGACGAGCUCGAGAUGGCCGAGAGUCUCCGACGUCUAAACCAGGCCCACGACCACCAUGUAACAAGAACAGCUACACCACCACACGCACAGCAACCACUUCCGUCCCCUAGUGAAGCGCGGUCCGAGAUUUAUCACUCACUCGAAGACGCAAAGCCAAUUUUGGAGGGACCAGCGACGCCAGCGACUUCAGCAUCCUCGCCAUUGCCCCCCGGCAGUGUCAUAGGAGCGAAUGCGCCUAUCUCCGGGCAAGUUUGCAGCAACUGCAAGACAACGCAGACGCCUCUGUGGCGCCGAUCACCAACCGGCGAGACUAUCUGUAAUGCGUGUGGUCUGUACUUCAAGGCGCGAAAUCAGCACCGACCAGUGAAUCUGAAGCGCAACACCAACACGCAGCCAAUUGUGCCUGUCCAGCAAAGUCCCGCACCAAGCCAAGAAAACAAUGGCCGCACUUCUCCUGGUAAUUUAGCUGCUUCUCCACGGGUCGCGACUUAUGUGGCUGCCGAUCAGAUGUCAGCCGGUACCUGUCCCGGUGGUGGCAGAUGUAAUGGUACUGGUGGACAGCAAGGCUGCAGCGGCUGCCCUGCGUUCAACAACCGCGUCUCGAAAACAGCCAAGUUUGCCUUAGCUCAGGCACAGGCUGCAUCGGGAUGCGGCUCUACUGAUGGUGCAAAUGGCAAUAACGCUACGACGGGUCUUCCGAAUGGAAAUGCUUCCACGAGCGCAAUUCCAGCUUGCCAAAACUGUGGUACCACGAUUACACCUCUGUGGCGGCGAGACGAUGCUGGCCACAUAAUAUGUAACGCUUGUGGAUUAUACUACAAGCUGCACAACAAGCAUCGUCCAGUAGCCAUGAAGAAGCAGGAAAUCAAACGGCGGAAACGAAUAGUGCCUGCCAACGACACCGGCUCUCAGGCCACGCCAUCUAUCGCCGACUACUCACCACCACAGCGCGCAUCACAGACGCCGGCAUUUGAACAUUCAGCAUCGCCGGACUCUUCAACAGCUAUUGAGUCCCGUGAGGACUAUACGCCUGAACCAAAAGGACCUCUGGCCAUCGACUUCACACAUUACUACGGCAACAAUGCUUCGAUCACGUCCUACCCCAACAAACUUCCCACACCGUCAAAUGCCCAGCCGAACGCACCAUCACCAAGGAAACGUAGCCGGAGUGCAACUUCGCUAGAUCAAGAAGAAACGCCAGCGGUAUCUGCUCACCCUGUCCCGCACCGACCGAAUGCCAUCUCGUCGAUCUUGAACCCGCGAACUGAAGAGUUGAACAUCGACCCGUCGCUGGGGGCUUUGUCGAGGGCAAGUGGCGGCCCAUCGCCAAACUUGGGCAUGUCGCAAGAAGACAAGGCAGCUAGGAAGGAGAGACUGAGGCGAGAAGCAGAAGCCAUGCGCCAAGAGCUGGAACGACGGCAGAAGGAGCUUGAUGAUUUGGAGAUGGAAUGA